AUGGAAAAUAGAAGAAGAGGAGACGGCAGGUUGGGCAUGAUUGUGAACAUUGCGACCGAUGUCGGUGGACUGGCUCUAGUGACAAUGGGGCUAGGGCACCGUGAUCGUGGCCUUAACACUUCUUCAAUUAUACAACCAAUCAAUUAUUCUAAGACAAUGACCACCAGUAGAGAAAGAGAAGACUAUAGUCUUGCUGCUGAAUUUUUGGAAGAGCACACUGAACUUGGUGACAAUGGAAGAAGAAGAGUCAAGCUGCAAUUCUGGUGGUUGGAAAUUUUUGCUGGAGCAGCCAUUCUAGGAAAUCUGUUUCUAUCUGCUGAGCAAAACUUGGAAAAAGAAAACUUGCUAUUUUGUGUUCCGGAUGAUAUUAAGAAAGAAAUUAGAGAAUCACUUGACAAAAUUAGAGCAUCUAAAAGUAAACAAACUGAAUUGUUACGAGAGAUUGGUGAAGGUCCCCAAAGUAUGAGUACGCAAUUAUCAAAAGUUGGAAGUGUAGGGGGAAAUUCAAUUGGAUGUUCUGGUAGUGGUGAAUCAAAAGGUAAAGGUACUCUUCAUGGGUUUAUUAGUUCCGAACCUCGACAAACAACCCUAAAUUCGACAUACAAAAAAGAUUUGUUGGUUGAUGUGAAGCGUAGAAUUGGUCGUUUUAUUUACUCUGCCGCACUUCCGUUUAAUGUUGUGAAUGAUCCUUAUUGGCUGCCUAUGGUUGAUGGCAUUGCGGAAUAUGGAAGAGGGUUCAAGCCUCCUUCAAUGCAUGAGUUAAGAACUUGGAUACUUAAAGCUGAGGUUGAUGGCAUCAACCUAAUAUAUGAGGAGCAUAAAAAGGCAUGGAAAAAAUAUGGAUGCACUAUUAUGUCCGAUGGUUGGACGGAUGGAAAGAAUAGAAGUUUGAUCAAUUUUUUAGUAAAUAGUCCCGCCGGCACUUUCUUUUUGAAAUCUAUUGAUGCAUCAGAUUCUAUUAAAAAUGGGGAAUUGAUCUUUAAAUAUCUUAAUGAUGUUGUUGAUGAGGUGGGAGAGGAAAAUGUAAUUCAAAUUGUCACGGAUAAUGCUUCGAAUUACAUUAAGGCGGGGAAAAAAAUUAUGGAGACUAGACAUAGAAUUUGGUGGACACCUUGUGCGGCGCAUUGCAUUGCAUUGAUCUAA